AUACAGCUGAGGAGACUCAUACAGUUUUUGACAGAUUUUAACUGCUUCAGGGAUGUUGCGAGGAAAAGCUUGGAUCCAAGUUUGCACCCUGCUUGUGCUGGUCACAUUUUGCAGUCACACUGCUCAUUGCCAAGCUCAACACAAAGGUUCAACACAUCUGAAAGACCUGAGACUCAUUCUGGUUGGAAAAACUGGAGCAGGAAAGAGUGCUUCUGGAAACACCAUCCUGGGACGUGAAAAUGCCUUUAAAGAAGAAGCGUCACCUGAGUCUGUCACUAGAAAAUUUCAAAAAGAAGAAGUAAAGGAUGGUGGGAGGAACAUUGUUGUCAUCGACAGCCCAGGGCUGUGUGACACAAAGCAAUCACCAGAAGAACUGAAAGGAAACAUUGAGGAGUGUAUUUCCCAGUCAGUUCCUGGACCCCAUGCUUUUCUGUUAGUGAUGAGUCUGAAGGCAAGAUUCACAGACGAGGAGAAGACAGCUGUGAAGUGGAUUCAGGAUAAUUUUGGCUCAUGUUCUUCCAUGCAUACCAUAGUCCUGUUUACACAUGCUGACUUGCUAGAAGGUAAAUCUGUGGAAGACUGUGUGGCAGAGAGCAAAGCUCUACAAAGACUGAUAAACCAGUGUGGAGGAAGAUACCAUUCACUCAUCAAUGACAAGAGACCAAACAGAACCCAGGUCACAGAGCUUCUAGAGAAGAUAGAGAACAUGGUGAAGUUCAAUGGAGGAAGCCACUACACCAAUGAGAUGUACCAGGAAGCCCAGAAGAAACUUGAGGAGGAGAGGAAAAAGAGGGAAGAGGAGGAAGAGCGAAGAAAGAAGGAAGAGGAGGAGAGCAUCAGAAAGCAGGAGAAAGAGCGUUACUGGUGUAAAAUGAUAGCUGCUGCUACUGUUACAGUAGUUGGCAUAGGAGCGUAUGCCAGCUCACCUUUGGUAAUGGCGGCAGGUGCAGCAGUUGGACUCACUGGUUUAGAUUGCACAUCAUAUAUACCACAGAGCUUGUCUAUGUUCACUUCUCAGGCCUGGAACAGUACAUUUGGCCACCUGGGAACUGGAAAAGGUAAAUCCGAAGUAAUGGCUGAAGCAAUACCACUGCGAGAAAAGAAGAAAACUCUACCUCGGUCUGAUGGGUGUGGUCUGAAUAACUUUGACGCUCUGGAUUUGACAGGAGGGUUGAGGAUAGUCCUGGUGGGCAAGACUGGAUCAGGAAAGAGUGCUUCAGGAAACACCAUCCUUGGGAGACCUGCCUUCAAAGAGGACCCAAGCCCUAUGUCUGUGACCAAACACUGCGAAACACAGAGCGGAGAAGUGGACGGGACUUUGGUCCAGGUGAUUGACACUCCAGGUCUGUUUGAUACAGGCAUCUUAGAGGAAGAAUUAAAAUCCAGAAUAGAGGAGUGUGUUAAGAUGUCGGUGCCAGGCCCUCACGCUUUCCUACUGGUGAUCAGGCUCGGAGUAAGGUUCACUGAGGAGGAAAGAAACGCUGUGAAGUGGAUCCAGGACAACUUUGGAGAUGAUGCCUCCAUGUACACUAUCAUGCUGUUUACAUGUAAAGAUCAGGCCAAAGCUGACAAUGCUCUGAAGGAGUGCAAGGAGCUGCGGAGGCUCUCGAUUACAUUUGGACGUAGAUACCAUGCCUUCAACAACAACGACCCAGAUGACCAAGUACAGGUCAAAGAGCUGCUCACCAUGAUCAAGGAAAUGGUACAGGAUAACGGGGGGAAGCAUUACACCAACGAGAUGUAUGAGAAAGCCCAGAAGAAGCUGAGAGAGGAGGAGGAGCAGAGGAAACAACAGGAGGAAGAGAAGAAAAAUGAGGAGAGGAGAAUUUGGGUUGCUGAGAAGGAGAAGGAAAAGAAAGAGAGAGAAAAGAAGAAAAAGAAAAUAUGCGUGGCAUCGGCUGCUGCCGUUGUGUUGGUGUUUGCUGGGAUGGUUAUAGCAGUGGGAGCAGAACUAACAGUGGCUUUGGCUCUAGGGGCUCCUGUGCUCAUCCUGGGGGUGUUAUGUGGUAUAGCUGCCCUUUGUAUAUGGAAGGGCAUGAGAUGCAAAGCCAAAACAAGUGUUCCAGUAUAAGUAGUGAGAAGGACAUGCUGAUCCAUCUGCAGUAUUAGUACUACACACAUUACUAUUUACUGUUUAGGACUAAUCAAUGAUUUUGUUUUGGACUUUUCUGCAUUCUGCUUCCAAAUUAGUUUUGAAAGAACUUUCUGCAAUAACAAAAGUAUGUGAAUUUAGUUGUAAACAAGCGGUGUGAAAUGGAAUACUUGUUUUUUCUCUGUUUGUUUUAUGUUCACUCAUUUAUUGUAUGGAGCUUAAAUAUGAAACCCACAUCACGAGUUAUACUUGAACAGAUGUUUUCUGGUUUAUGAGAAACAGCUUCAAUUCUAAUAAAUAAUGUUCAAAC